GUAAACGGUUACAAACCGGUAUUACUGAAAUACCGUGAUAAGUGACGUCAAAUUCAAAAAAUAUCAACAUUCAACGCACAGCAGGAAACCAAUUCGGCAAUGCUUACCUCCAAGCGACCAGGCUCCAAGGAUGGUAGACGGCAGGAGGCGAGGACGGCAGGACGUCGAGGAGAUGGCGAGGCGGCCUGGCGGCGGCGGGGAAGCCGGAAUGUGGCGGAGCCGCGAAGGAGGACUGGGAAGGGCUAGCGACUGCGUUGCGUCGCGCGUCGGCGACAGCUGGGAGAGACGAGAGUCGGAAAUGGCUGGGGAAGCGCGCUCGUCGUCGCCGUCGCUGCCAGCAGAAGGAGAGGAAGACGAGAAGAGGAGAGUUGUAGAACCUGGGUGGCUGCGCGGCGGGUCUCGAAAAAACGAGGUCGGGGGCGGCGGGUUUUGUUCGAUAACCAGCUCGGCGGCAGGGUUCCCGAUACUAUAGGGAAGUUGAAGAGCCUGGAAGUGAUUCGAGUUGGUGGGAAUAAGAAUCUGGAAGGAUC